CAUGCGACUCAUUCGAAAGACUCGCUGCAUAACAAGGAAUGUGAUUCCUUCCAAAAUCAGAACAAAGUUUUAUAUUUCAAGCACUUCUCGUGCCCUAAGGAGACAAGCGAAACAAUCUGAUGGAGGAAUCCACCAAGUAUAUCGAGGGCAAGCCGGUACAGGAUACUCAGCUCCAACUGGCCUUGCCUGUUCCAGAAAGUUUUCCGCCAAACAAAGGGCAUUUCAGAAAGUGGUUGAUUCUUCACGCCGCAAAAGUUGCACGAUGCCGCAACAGGUUCUGCCUGGAUAACAUUGCCACGGCUGUGAGGUCUUUAUGGAGCAUUGGAGUCCAGAAUCUCAUCGUUUGCAUUCCGCACUGGAUGGAAGAGCCCAAACUUAAGCUACCGAAGGAUCAUACAUUACUGCUUUUCAAGAUCCCUAAGGGCGCCACUGAUGUGAGCUUCAUGGAUGCCCUGGCUAAGAUGAUAUAUGGCCUGAUUAUAACACAGCUUGGCCCUGACACCUGGACUGAAUCCGUAAGAAGGAUUCUUCAGUUCACUAUGACCAACGAUAAGUUUUUUAUUGCUGAAGACCCUUUCGGACGAAAGAGUGAUCUGACCAGAAUCCUCACAGCAUAUCCAGUUGCAAGCCAACAAGAAGUGAUAGAAAGGAUGGAAGAAAUCCAACACACCUGGGAGGAGCUCUUGAAAAUGCAGAAGAAACGUAAAGAUGACAUAGUUCUAAAAAAGUUCCGCAAUACUCAGCAAAAGAAGUUGAUAAUUGAUGGGAGCAAUGUGGCGAUGAGUCAUGGCCUGUACACAUUCUUCUCCUGCUCUGGGAUUAAUCUGGCGGUUAACGACUUCCAGAAGAAGGGCCAUCACAACAUUGACGUCCACGUGCCAAACUGGAGGAUGAACUCAAAGAACACUGUUUAUGGAACAAGUUCUUAUGUUCAUAACCCAGCGUUUGCCGGAGAAGUGAUGGUUGACCGAGAUCACAAGGGUCCACAGCAGACCGAACCACCCUCAGCUCACGACGGCCAUGAGGAUCAACAAGAAGAGAACCAACUGGAGCAAAACUCAGUGCCUAGCUGUGCGUCCAUGAAGAGUAACCAGUCCAUGGAUAAGCCUCUUCGCUUUGAAGGAGGAGAUGCUCCUGCUGGCCAGAGCCCCAUGCAGCUUAAGAGACCCCCUUCUCCAGUGCCUAGCUGUGCGUCCAUGAAGAGUGACCAGUCCAUGGAUAAGCCUCUUCGCUUUGGAGCAGGAGAUGUUCCUGCUGGUCAGAGCCCCAAGUUUAAGGGACCCCCCUCUCCAGUGCCGAGCUGUGUGUCCAUGAAGAGUGACCAGUCCAUGGAGCAGCCUCUUCGCUUUGGAGCAGGAGAUGUUCCUGCUGGUCAGAGCCCCAUGCAGCUUAAGAGACCCCCUUCUCCAGUGCCAAGCUGUGUGUCCAUUAAGAGUGACCGGUCCAUGGAGCAGCCUCUUCGCUUUGGAGCAGGAGAUGUUCCUGCUGGUCAGAGCCCCAUGCAGCUUAAGAGACCCCCUUCUCCAGUGCCGAGCUGUGUGUCCAUGAAGAGUGACCAGUCCAUGGAGCAGCCUCUUCGCUUUGGAGCAGGAGAUGUUCCUGCUGGUCAGAGCCCCAUGCAGCUUAAGAGACCCCCUUCUCCAGUGCCAAGCUGUGUGUCCAUUAAGAGUGACCGGUCCAUGGAUAAGCCUCUUCGCUUUGGAGCAGGAGAUGUUCUUGCUGGUCAGAGACCCAUGCAGCAUAAGAGACCUCCCUCUCCAGUGCCGAGCUGUGUGUCCAUGAAGAGUGACAAGUCCAUGGAUUUGCCUGUACGCUUUGAAGGAGGAGAUGCUCCUGCUGGCCAGAGCCCCAUGCAGCAAGAGAGACCCCCCUCUCCAGUGCCGAGCUGUGUGUCCUUGAAGAGUGACCGGUCCAAGGUUAGCGGGCUGAACUUUGGAGGAGGAGAUGUUCCUGCUGACCAGAGGUGGGCAUCAACCUGA